AUGGCUUCUUGGAAUUGGAAUUGGAAUAGAACUGUGUUUCCAACAUCUAUUUUGCUUGUUUGCAUGUUUAUUUUGAUCAACACUAUGAAGUUUGCAAUUUCCUUGGCUUUGGAUACGGAAUGCAGCCUUAAAAUUCAAUUGUUGAAUGAUUCAAGUUGUCAAGAGGGAAACUGGCAUGAGCUCAUGCACAGUAAGUGCUGUGGAGAAGCAUUUGAUUCUUACCUCUAUGCUCUUGCUCAGCAUGCAAAUCUAACUGGGAGGGUUUACUUGGAUUCUACUGAGCAAAGAAAUUGUCUGUCUAGAGUAAAGGGUUUUAAAGAUGAUAUUUUUGGUUGUGGAAUUGAGAACCUAACAAGUGGUGGUGGGGGAUGUUCUGACUUGUUGGUUGCUGAUGUUUGGAAUAAAUUAGGAAAUGAGCUUAAAAGUUUAGAUGAGAAAUGUCAAUUUCAGACUUCAGGGAAUGGCUAUGAACAAUCAUGUUCUUUGUGCUUGAGGCCUUGGAAAACAACAGGAGAGACAAGUUCCAGAAAGACCAAUGUUAAAGCUGAAAAAAUUGAAGAUGACCUUUGUAGAAUUGCUGUAAUUGUGACAUUGAUAAGCAGCAAAAUUGAAAAUGAGAUGUAUGUCCACACAGUUCUGAGAUGCCUUGGAACAAAACAUAUUUAUAUAGAAAAUGAAACCACACAAGGCAAUCAGAACAUGGAGAGUAAUAGAGGUACAUGGAUUCUUAUUGGAGCAACCAUAGGGGUUAUAUUGAUGAUAGUUAUUGCAUACUCCAUGUUACGUAGAUGCUUUAGAUCAGCCCCACCAAGAAAAGAAGUAACAUUUGGAGAUAUGUUAAAGAAAACUUCUUGUCCUAGAGUUCAUAUCAAAGAAGUGUAUGCUGCCACUAACCAUCUGAAUGAAAUGAAUAUCAUUGGGGAAGGAUCUGCAGGCAAGGUCUAUAAAGGCACAAUGAGAAAUAAUCAGCAUGUUGCAAUAAAGCACGUAAUCAAUGAUGAUGGAAAUAUGGAGACUUUUGCUAGAGAAGUUACAAGCUUGUCUCAUGUCAGACACCCAAAUCUUGUUGCUUUGCUGGGUUACUGUGUAGAAGGAGAUGAAUGCUUUCUGGUCUAUGAGCUAUGUCCAAAUGGAAGUCUUUCAGAAUGGCUAUUUGGCAAGAACAAGGUGCUAUCAUGGAUUCAGAGGCUAGAAAUUGCAAUUGAUAGUGCUAGAGGUCUUUGGUUCUUACAUACAUAUGCAGGAGGUUGCAUCGUUCACCGUGAUAUCAAGCCAACAAAUAUUCUUCUUGGAUCCAAAUUUGAGGCAAAGCUAUCAGACUUUGGACUUUCUAAAGUCAUUGAGGUGGGUGAAACAUAUGUUAGCUCUGAAGUAAGGGGAACUUUUGGAUAUGUUGAUCCUGAGUACCAAAGCAACCACCAUGUGAAUUCAUCUGGGGAUGUUUACAGCUUCGGUAUGGUACUUUUACAAAUCCUCUCUGGAAAGAAGGUUAUAAAUUUGAAACUGAAGAAACCAAUGUCACUGAAUAAAAUGGCAAAAGCAAUCACCAAGGGUGGCAGCAUAACAGGAUUUGUUGAUCCUAAACUUCAAGGAGACUACUCUGGAGAAGCAUUUGAUUUUACACUUAAGCUCGCUCUAUCUUGUACAUCCCUUAACCAACAACGUCCAUCCAUGGAGCAGGUUGUCCAAAAACUAGAAGAGGCUCUAUUGAUUUCAAAAGAGAGGAAGGCUUCGACUACAAAAACUCCAGCAGACGAUAUUUCUAAUCCAUAAAAGAGUAAUUAUUGAGAUCAUUUUUAUAAUCAUAGUUAUCAACAUUGGUUUGCAAAUUUUCAAGUACUUGUUAUGAGAAUGUUUUUGUACAUGAUUUAUAGCACGGAAUUUUGUAUU